GUUUAAUGCGACACAGGCUUUUAAGUAACAUGUGAGAAGUCAAUCUGCAGCAAAAUCACAUGUAAUAAACAUCUUUAUUUUUUCAGUUCUGCAGGAAUCCGGGGUUCAUUAACACUUCUUCUUAGAUCGUAUCAACAGAUGAGCGUUUGAAACAUGAAGCGGCUGUACAUCGGUGGCCUGAGCCACACGAUAACUCAGAAAGAUCUUCGAGAUCGAUUCGGCAAGUUCGGCGAGGUGUCUGAUGUGGAGAUAAUAACACGGAAAGAUGAACAAGGAUCUCCUCUGAAGACUUUUGGUUACGUGAAUAUUAAUAUUACCGAUUCUGACUACAAAAGAUGCGUCACGGUGUUGAACAAAUCCAAGUGGAAAGGUGGAACAUUACAAAUCGAAUUGGCAAAAGAAAGCUUCUUACACAGACUUACAUCAGAACGGCAGCAAGCAGCUGAGAAGAUUCAGACUCCGAGGACUGAUGCAAAAGAGCAAAUCUUGGAGUCCUUCAAGGCAGCUGGAGUAGAGAACUUCCACAUGAAAGCAGCUGUUCCAGGAACUGAGAUCCCAGGACACAAGAACUGGGUGGUGAGCAAAUUUGGAAGAGUCCUUCCUGUCGUUCAUCUGAAAUGUCAAGGCAAAUCCAAGAUAUCCUUUUCCAUUCAUGUUCCUGUUGCCAUGGCAAUCAACACAUUAGCCGAUUGGACACUUUAAUUUUUUUUGUAGGGCUUUUCCUGAGUCCUGGGUUAUCUUGCUUGAUUUUUCACACUGCUCAUACUUAACCCUGGGUAAACCAGUUAAUCCUGGUUAUUUAUAAUCUAACAAUUCUCACUACAUUCCUGAACCCUGGUGUAACUUUCUUCUUUGCAUAUUUUCACCUUUAACAACUGACUGGAUAAAUACAGAGUGCAUCCAGGUUAAAUAACAGCUCAUCUUGUGCUUUUUGCGUCAGUGAGAAAAUUUGCCACCAUGUAAAUCUUGUAGCCUACUGAGCUGCACAACAACAGGAACACGAAGGACAAAAAUUAAGUUCAAAUUUAUUUGUAUAGAGCUUUUAACAAUGGACAUUGUCUCAAAACUGCAUCAGGGAACAUAAGAAAUAUAGUACAAAAAGUUUAACAUUGUACAAAGAUUAAUAUUAUACAAAAGUAUAAGAUUAAUAUUAGACUUGUAUUUAAAUGUGUUUGUCUUUAUCCCCAAUGAGAAUCCUGAGUUGACUGUGGUGAGGAAAAACUCCCUUAGAUGGAAGAGGAAGAAACCUUGAGAAGAACCAGACUCAAAAGGGAACCUCAUCCUCAUUUUUUGUGACACCGGAGGGUGUGAUUAUAAUCUCCACCAACUGAUGAGGAAGAAGUGAAAGACUGUUCUUUAUGGAAUAUGUACAGUAACAAAUAAAUAAUAAUGCUCAGCAAAGCACAUUAUUCACUGAAGUCAGUCAAACUGCAAAUAAGUCAAUCUUAUUAUUUGCGGUACGUGACUUUCUGCAAGCAGCAUUAUUUUGAAUUAACUUUAAGAGAGAAAACGAGGUUACUGAAGAAACGUUUAUAGCUGCUAUAAAUUAAUUAUGUUUUCUAAAUUUAAUGUAACUAUAAAUGGUUAAAAAGCAUGAUGGUUUAUUAAUAAACUAAAAACUUUAACCACAAUCCAUUGUAAAAAAUUUUAUAUGGAUUACAAAUAAAUCAAUCAAAUCUUUUUUUAAUAAA